AUGAUGCUACUAAUCUUGUUAAUGAAUUAUUAUUGUACUGUUUAUUUUUCCAAUUAUUUUCGAAAUUAAUGCUGAAAAUCUUCUACCUCUGUUCAACAUGUCUAUAUCUAGCACUCUGUAUUGUGCUUUCUAACCCAUUCACCUUAAUUUUCAUCCUCGCCUCGUAUGUUAGAUUAGACUUGGAUUCGCUUCUAGUUGGUUCCAACUACUCCCUCCGUCUCAAAAUAAGUGUCUCAACUUUAUACUAGCUCUAGUACAAAUUUGUACUAAGCUCAAGACACUUAUUUUGGGACGGAGGGAGUAUAUGCUAUGCUCCAGAACUUCAGAUCUAAAUUGGGUCAACAUCGAUCUUAACAUAAAUUUUGCAUCUUUGUUGUCCGAUGUAGAUUUGGAUUUCACGACUGGAGUUUGGUCUGUAUAGCAGUUUCCAACUUCUUGCUUGUUCUGCAUACCACUAUCACCCCACAGGCAAGUAUCAAGUAGGUAUUCACUCCAUCGUUCCCAUUGCAGCAUUGCUGACAAUCUAGUAGCUUUUGAUUCAAAUUUCCUUCCUCCAAACAGAACCUUGUAUCAUAUAUUAUCGUUGUGUUUUGAUACAUCAGCAGACUUAUCAGAUUUCGGGCAAGCUCAAUUUGUCAUUUGAGGGAGGUCAACUAGGAAAGAAAGCAGUUCUUCCUGUAAAAUAUAGACAUUGAUUUUCUUCUUCAGGUAACCAUUUGGGUUCAUUCUCUACCAGAGAAAGGAAUAACAUGGGCGAUGUAAGUGCAGUGCCAAGGGUUAUGUCGUUCCAGUUAUUAAAUGAAAUUACAAAAAAUUUCUCUACGGAAAUGAAAAUUGGCGCUGGAUCAUUCGGAAAUGUUUAUAAGGGACAGCAUACAGAUGGGGAAUGGAUUGCUGUGAAGCUGCUUCAUAAUUACAUUCCAGGACUUGAAGAUGAGCAAUUUGAGAAGGAGUAUCACAAUCUCGCAAAUCUGCAACACAAAAAUAUUGUGCGGUUAGUUGGCUAUAGUCAUGAAACUCGGCGAGAAUUCCUACCUUAUAAUGGUGACCUGGUCUUGGCUGACAUUACACAGAGAGCACUUUGCUUUGAAUAUAUGCAAAAUGGAAGCCUUGACAAAUUUCUUACUGAUGAAUCUAAGGGACAUGAUUGGCGCACACGCUAUGCAAUAAUUAAAGGAAUUUGUCAGGGUUUGAAAUAUCUUCAUGAGGAAUUGCAAACUCCAAUGUAUCAUUUGGAUUUAAAACCAGCCAAUGUACUGCUAGAUGAAAAUAUGGUGCCCAAAAUUGCGGAUUUUGGCUUGUCAAGGCUCUUCGGAGGAGAACAGUCAAAAUUCACAAAAAGUGACAUAGGAACACGUGGGUAUGUACCACCGGAAUAUAUAGACGCCUGUAUAAUCUCCAUUAAGUUUGACAUAUUCAGUUUGGGUGUGGUAAUUAUAAAGAUAAUGGCAGGACCAACGGCAUACUUUCGAAGUGCUGAAAUGUCUCCCCAAGAAUUCAUAGAGAUUGUACAUGCAUACUGGAACACUAAGCUACAAACAACACUGGUUCACGCGUUGGAGCCAUAUUCCAAACAAGUAAAGAGAUGCAUAGAAAUAGCUUUAAAUUGUGUGGAUGCAGAUCGACACAAAAGACCAAGUAUAGGGGAAAUCAUUAAUGUUUUGAAUGAGAUGGAGACUGCAAUACAAGUCCCUGGUGCUUCAAUGAAUCACACAGGGUCAUCGAUGAACAAGAUAAAUAGCGACCAGGAAAGAGAGUUCCUAAUUAGGGAUGCAAAGGAAACGCUGGAUUAUGUACAUCAAGGUCAAGGGAACACAUCAUUUGAGGACUGCCGACAAACUCACAUAGCAGAACUAGAAGAACAAGAGAGGAAAAGACUGAGCAUGGCGGUGAAUCUCUUUGGUGAAGUAGUUGACAACUACAAGUUGGAUCAAAUGCCAGAGUACAUGGGGAAACCUAAGAAGCGGGAAGACCGAGCACGCGAGGCCUUGAAUCUGAUGUGCGAGGACCGCAAAGAUGUCAUGGCUUGCAGGUACUUGUGUCCCAAGGUAAUCAUCCAAGUCUAUUGGCCGCGGGCCACGCAGUGCUUCAUCUAUAACGCGACCGGCGACACCCUCUACCACGUCGGCAACCAUGACUGGUCUGGGCAUAUCCUCAAUGGCAGGGGCUACCCUGAACGGAUUGGCAAUGGGCAGUGGGCUGCCUUCGUUCACUGCCAAGGGUCAUUUUCAGGUUCGAUGGCAUCGGUUAUCUACUGUGGCAAGAACAAAGAUGGUGGAGACCAGCACUACCUGGUUUCCUGGAGUAACCCAAUUAGAUAUACUUUUGGGUCCAACAAGGCUUAUUGCGGGAUCGGCCCUGUAGACUACUUCCAUACACGUUGGGAUCAUACACACGAGAACCUUUCAAAUUCUGAUAACUAUUCAUACGCCAAGUCCGACGGAUGCGAGAUUGAUUCAAAAAUUGGCAAGCGUGAUGCCCCAUUUUUUACUGCAAAGAUCACCUCACUGGUUGGUCAUCUCCAGCAUUGUGAAAGGAUCUAUAUGGAUAAAUAGAUAGUCAGUUAAUUCCGUUUGUGAUGCCGAAUGGUGGUAUUCUUACGAUCACUUGUAAUGGAGUUAACUUUUUCCCAUGUCAUCGUUGACGGGUGGGCCACCUCUGUCAUAAUCGCAAUAAAUUUCUUCGAAACAGGCAACUAAUCCGAAGUGGUAGUAAUUUGCGACGAAUUAUUCCGAUAGUUAUAGCUUUUUGGGACGU